GCGUUGUCUUCACGCCGAAGUCAUGGCCACCGGAGAUGAGAAAUCGGUGAUGGUCGUCGGAGUCGACGACAGCGAGCAGAGCACUUACGCCUUGGAGUGGACGCUCGAUCGCUUCUUUGCUCCUUACGCUCCCAAUUAUCCGUUUAAGCUCUUCAUCGUCCACGCCAAACCUAACGCCGUCUCCGCCGUUGGUCUCGCUGGUCCCGGAACUGCGGAGGUUGUACCUUAUGUUGAUGCCGAUCUGAAGCAUACCGCUGCUAAGGUUGUCGAGAAAGCCAAAGCAAUUUGUCAGAGCAAAUCGGUUCAUGGUGCGGUGAUCGAAGUUUUUGAAGGUGAUGCAAGGAAUAUCCUAUGUGAAGUUGUAGAUAAGCACCAUGCUUCUAUUCUUGUUGUGGGAAGCCAUGGAUAUGGAGCUAUCAAGAGGGCGGUUCUCGGAAGCACGAGCGACUACUGCGCUCAUCACGCUCAUUGCUCGGUUAUGAUCGUGAAGAAGCCUAAGAUCAAGGGCUGAAACCUAAGCAAAGCUACUCGGUGUAUCAGUCAAAGCAAAGUCUCUGCAUAGUCUAAUUCAGAAGAAGAAGUGAAAUAAUAUUAAUAAGCAUUU